AUGGCUCGUGUGGCUCAUUUUGUGGUUUCAGGCCUGUUGGCUGCCACACUGGCCAAUGGUCAAUCUUUCGAUGGAACCAUUCGAAGUGAAGAUGCUUUCAGCUAUGUACAACCCAGGAACACAACCAUCCUGGGUCCUUACGGACACUCCCCUGCUGUCCUUCCCUCUCCAAAUGCUACCGGUUCUGGUGACUGGGAUGAGGCUUUUGCUAAAGCCCAGAAGUUUGUGGCCCAAUUGACUGUCGACGAGAAGGCCGACAUGAUCACUGGCCAGCCCGGUCCAUGUGUGGGAAAUAUUGUUGCUAUCCCGCGGCUCAGCUUUCCUGGCCUUUGCUUACAAGACGGCCCCCUGUCUAUUCGGGUAGCCGACUAUGCCAGCGUUUUCGCUGCCGGCGUCACCGUUGCAUCCACAUGGGACAGGGACCUCCUCUAUGAACGAGGUUAUACUAUGGGACAAGAGUUCAAGGCCAAGGGUGCCCACAUUGCCCUCAGCCCUGUAGCCGGCCCACUCGGCCGCUCUGCCUACGCUGGCCGAAACUGGGAAGGCUUUGCCGCUGACCCUUACUUGACUGGUGUUGCCAUGGAGAAAACCAUCCGCGGUCAUCAGGACGCUGGCGUGCAAGCUACUGCCAAACACUUUAUCGGCAACGAGCAAGAGACUCAGCGUAACCCCACGUAUGACUCCAAUGGAACCCUCACAGAUGUUAUCCAGGAAGCCCUUUCCUCCAACAUUGAUGACCGGACCAUGCACGAGUUAUACCUUUGGCCCUUCGCCAAUGCGGUUCGAGCCCAGGCCGCCAGCUUUAUGUGCUCAUACCAGCGUCUGAAUGGCUCUUAUGCUUGCGAGAAUUCCAAGGCACUCAACGGCCUGCUCAAGGAGGAGCUCGGCUUCCAGGGAUACGUCAUGUCUGACUGGGGUGGUACUCACUCUGGUGUCGCCUCGAUCGAGGGCGGUCUUGACAUGAACAUGCCCGGUGGUCUUGGUGCCUAUGGUCUAUCCCCAGAAGCCGGAUCUUUCUUCGGAAAGAACAUCACCUAUGCUGUGAACAACGGAACUGUGGAUGAGUCUCGCGUCGAUGAUAUGAUCGUUCGUAUCAUGACACCUUACUACUGGCUCCGCCAGGACGUCGAUUACCCUGAGUUCAACCUCACUGGCGAGCGAAGCCGUGAUGUCCGCGGGAACCACGCCAACUUUAUUCGCAAGCUUGCUGCGGAAGCAACUGUCCUGCUGAAGAAUGAGAAGCAGGCCCUACCCUUGAAGGCUCCCAAGAAUAUUGCAAUCUUCGGAAAUGAUGCCGGUGAGAACACCAUGGGUGCUGUCAACCAGCAGACCUUCGAAUUCGGAAACCUCGCUUCUGGCGGUGGCUCGGGUACCGGUCGGUUUACCUAUCUCGUCUCCCCUCUCGAGGCCAUCAAGACUCGUGCCAAGAAAGACAACGCUCUCGUGCAAUACUUCUUGAACAACACUCAGAUCGCGACUGAGAAUGUCACCGAUCUCUGGGUCCCUACCAUCCCCGAUGCGUGCCUUGUCUUCCUCAAGACUUGGGCCGAGGAGGGCGCCGACCGUGAGCACCUUACAGUUGAUUACAACGGCAACGACGUCGUCGAGUCUGUCGCCAAGUCCUGCAACAACACAAUCGUCAUCACGCACUCCUCCGGCAUCAAUGUCCUUCCCUUUGCCAAUCACCCCAACGUCACCGCCAUCGUCGCCGCACACUAUCCCGGCCAGGAAUCCGGUAACUCCAUCGUCGACGUUCUCUACGGUGACGUUAAUCCAUCCGGUCAUCUUCCUUACACAAUUGCCAAGAACGCCAGCGACUACAAUGCGCCGCCCACCACCAAAGUGUCCACCAACGGCACAUACGACUGGCAAUCUUGGUUCGAUGAGAAGCUCGAGAUUGACUAUCGCUACUUUGACGCCAAGAAUAUCUCCGUGCAGUAUGAAUUCGGCUUCGGUCUCUCGUACACAACCUUCACCGUCUCCGACAUCAACGCCGAGCGUCUGGCUGACUCUAUCUCUUCCAUCCCCGAAGAGCAACCCAUCCAACCUGGCGGUAAUCCCGCUCUGUGGGAGACAUUAUACAAUGUAACCAUCUCAGUUACCAACUCUGGUGAUAUCAAGGGCGCAACCGUUCCCCAGUUGUAUGUUACUUUCCCUGACAGCACCCCUGAGGGAACACCCCCCAGGCAGCUUCGCGGUUUCGAGAAAGUCUCUUUGGCUGCGGGCGAGUCACAAACUGUUGGCUUUGAAUUGAUGCGCAGAGAUUUGAGUUAUUGGGAUAUUGUUUCUCAGAAGUGGCUCAUACCUGAGGGUGAAUUUAUUCUUCGCGUUGGAUUCAGUAGCAGAGAUUUGAAGGAGGUUGCUCAGAUCACUCCUGUUUCUGCUUGA